UGAUGCUCUGCGCUGGUAGCUGCCUUCCUGACAGCAUGUCAGAUGAUGAAAGAUGUUAUGCAAAACAUCUUUGUUAGUUCAUCAGCCCAUCUCCAAGGAGGAAUGGCAGAGGAUCCCCAAAUCCAGGGCACAAGAACACAGCAGUAACAGCGUUAUUAGUGGAGAGGAUGAGGCUGAGACUCAGAUGUCCAGAUCAGAGAAAAAUAAGGAAGAGCUGGAGCUUCAGCUGGACAUCUGGGAGGAGCUGAGAAACCUGCGAGAUUUGGUAUUGGUACAAGCAGUAGAGCUGAGGCUUCUGUCAGCAAAACUGGCAGAAAGUGACAAUCGGAUGAAGGUCCUGCAGGAGGAGAUUACAGUGAUGAAGGACAGGCUCACUGCAGCAGAGACUCUGGUUGAAGAAAUGCAGAUGGUGGGAGAAGCUGAAUCUGCUGAGCUUUCAAUGACUCAACAAAAACUCAACAUCGUGCAGGACAGGCUAUUGGUGAACGUAGCUCAUGUGGAAGAGCUGCAGGAGAAACAGGAAGCAAGUAAAGUGGCUUUUUCCACUUCUCUACUGGAAACUGGUGAAGGAAACACAUUUUACGAUGACUAUACCACCAUGGUGUUCAGGAAUGUGAUUACUAACAUUGGAAACCACUAUAACCCAAUCACAGGUUUCUUUACUGCACCAGUAAGAGGAGUCUAUUACUUCAGAUUUACCGCUCAUAUUGCACACACUAUUGAGAGGAGCAUGACAAUAAGAAUAGUGAAGAAUAAUGAUCUCAUAGUUUUAUCAGGGGAACGAGCCACAACAACCACAGAUCCUGAGGACAAUGUGUCCAAUGGAGUUGUGUUGGAGUUGGAGGUUGGAGAUCUUGUUGCUUUGCAAUUAAGUGGAAAUGCCUGGGAUGACCAGUAUCACAGAACAACCUUUGGUGGAUUUCUUCUCUUUGCCUUGUAGAUGUUAAUGUUUUUUGUAUUUUAUAAACUUCUGCUUUUUUAUUGUGACACAGCAACACCAAGUACACUUGUAAAUGCUUGUUGGUGCGGACAAAAAAAAAUAUUAAAGAUAAAUUUU